UGUCAGGUGGUUAACAUGUUGACAGCAAUGAUUUUACCCUUCAUACUUCUUUCUCUGGCCUCUUGUCUUGAAGCCUUCAACAAAGGAAGUGUCCACAAAGCACAAGCCAUGCUACAGUUACAAGGCAUGGACUACUCGCUGUUCGGCUACAACAGUCUCAAGGGAUGCCCUCUGACCUCAGGACGUGAUCGGGGCUUUACUCUCCCCAUCUUUUCUGGUGAGUUUCACGUGACCCCAGACUUUCGCUAUAGCGUGCCACGUGGCGUGGUUCUGUCCCACGAUGUGUCAUGUGACACGUCGUUUACGUCGAAGGUGGUGGAGACGCCGUACGACCUGACCACGCUGCUGACUGGCACCGCGCGACUCGGUGCUGAUAAGUGGGGGCCUCCCUUCUCGGCCAGCAAACACUUUCACAAACUGUCCGCGCAACUCACACAACACGUCUUGGUCGUUUCCACAGCUGUCUGCAGUUUGUACGACCUGACACUUCUGCUCUCGGAACCGCCAUCUUUUCAUCCGUCGUUCUUGGACUGGAUCGACCAAAUCAACAAAACUGACAACGACGACAAGUACCUUCAGUUCCUUGACACCUACGGCACACACUUCGUGUCACGGGCCCGCUUGGGGGCUUCCAGAACGAUCAUCUACAAGAUGGACGAUAACGUUUACAGACUUCUAACAGAGGAUCAAGUGACGUCAGCUGCCAGCUACUCUGCUCCUGCGCUUUUUGGAUACCAUGAGGACUUGACCUCUGAUCAGCAAAAAGCAAUAGCAGAGUUUCGAAAUCACAAGACAACAACGUUUGCUGUCGGUGUUCCUCUACCUGAUGGCGGUAACAGCGCGACGUGGUUCACAGCAGCGAAAGAUAACCCCUCUGUCAUCGACUAUGACUUGACCUCUGUGGAGGUUCUCUUUUCAGACACCUUCAUGGGUGCCGCAAGUCCUACAGGGGGUUAUGGCAUUGACCACGACAGGAUCAAGAAGAACAUCAUGGCUGUCAAGACCAAAUACUGUCGGACUUUAAAGAGGAAAGACCUGUUAGCUGACUGUAGAGAUACCGGUAGGACACUGCUUUCUACAAAGUUGAUUGGUAACACGAAAUAUGGAGCUGCCAAGUCCGCUGACCAGUGUCUUGAGGAAUGUUAUCAACUUGCAGGCUGCGUGGCUGUGAGUUUUUGUCCUUUGUGUACGAGGGACAACAGAGGCAGCAAGUGUCAAGUGUUUAGUGCUGGCGACAUCCACAGGGCAGUCACCGACCGUCAGUGGCAGACGAUCAUGUUAGUUGACAAACUGGAGACAUUUGUAAAGCUGCACAACACCACGGUUGUUGUCAUUUCUAGUUCUCAGUCUGACGUCCCUCCUGUCACCUCCGUACAGGACUGCUACCCAUCUUGUAUUCAAGAUACCAAGUGUGUGGCCUUCACCCUAACUGACACUUCAGGUUCAUUAAUUAAAUGCACGCGCCACACAAACUCACAUCUCUACUUGACACAGGGAACAGGUGUGAGCGUGUACUUCGUCUCCUUGAUGGUCAAAAGAAUUAUCACAAGUGGACAGACGAGAGGCCUUGCUCCCUCCUCCAUGCUGAACGACUGGUACAAGGCCGCCUGUGUCAUCGACGACGAGUGUCGUCAGGAACACUCCAUAUGCUUUCUAAACAGGUGCCGCUGUCGACCUGGAUUCUUCUUCUCAACUCGUGACUACACGUGCUCUGAUACAUGCAGACCACGUGACCUACAAGACACCUUUAUGGAGUAUUCUGAAAGCGGGAUAAAAGGACAUAUUCUCGCCAUUCAAGAUGGAAUAAACCUGCAGUCAUGCAAGAAAAUGUGUAUUAGUGCUCAGAUGUGCUUAACCUUUGACUUUAGAGACACAGGAGGGCGCUGUGUGCUUCAUGAUGUGACGUCACGUGAGGCUGUGUCAGGAUGGUUUCCUCUGACCAGUACAGGGUGGACUCACUACCAGAGAACUUGCCUGAAGUCAGCCGCCUCCUACCCGGGUCCAGCCUGGUACAACUCGUCUUGUACCCAAGACACGGACUGUCCUGACCCAUUCAGCCUCUGUUUGUCGGGCAGGUGUCUGUGUAAACUGGGCGCCAUUUCUUCUGAACAGGAAGUCACGUGUCGUGCUGCAGAGUCGUGCGGCGAAUGGCAGAAAGCAGGAGCCAAGUCUGGUGCGCACUUCAUUCGACUGAAAGACAAGAAGGAGACGAGUAGAGUGUGGUGUGACAUGGACUCCAGUGGCGGAGGUUGGCUGGUGUUCCAGAGACGUCGUGACGGGUCAGUGGACUUCUACAGGAACUGGACUCAGUAUGAAGACGGCUUUGGUGACGUCAGCGGGGAGUUCUGGCUGGGUUUAUCCAGGCUUCACACCCUGACCAAAGGGAGACCCACCCGACUGCGUGUAGACCUUCGCGAUGUGGAUGGACAUCGUCACUACGCUGAGUACUCGACAUUCAGGGUGGACGGUCCUGAGACAAACUACACACUGACCGUGUCCGGCUACUCGGGUGACGCGGGGGACAGCAUGGAGUAUCACAACAACCAGAGUUUUACAACGUAUGACCGAGACAACGACAAGGACUCUGCUGACAACUGUGCCGCUGACUAUCACGGCGCCUGGUGGUACAAGUCGUGUCACUACUCCAACCUCAACGGCCGAUACAAGGCUGACGGGGCCUCGGGUUAUGACGGCCUCAACUGGCGUCACACCCACAAAGACGACAGGAGCUUCACCUUCAGCGAGAUGAAAGUACAACCAGUGUAACACCGCCUUGUCUCCUGUACUCUCACUGCUUACACCCUCAGUCUACUCUACACCACACGUGACACUCGUGAUGUCACCUCAGUGCAGAUGACUGGUGUCGCAACUUUAUGAUGUUGCUAAAUUUAUUUCAAUCUGGUUUUGCUUGCGUAAAUCAACACGAAUUAAAAGUAAACAAGUGUUAAUUUUCAAUAAUGAAAUUAAAAUAUUUAUUGUGCGUAAAGAUAACCGAUCCUUUCAUCUUCAAAAUAAUACAAAAGCACAGAGACUGAUUGUAUCAAAUACUGUUGUUUAUUUGUGUCACUGAUGAAAACAACACAAGACUUAAAUUGCAUUAUAGAAAAUUUUGAUAAAGUUCCGCUGUGUCCUUGGUUUCCCUGUAUUUAACUGAAAGCUUAGACAGACUUUUAAGAUAAGUAGACUUUUCAAAUAAACAAAUAUAAUGAUUGUCAAAGGUAAAUUGAUAUUGAGAUAAAUGGAAUUAAAGUUGCAAGCAAUA